AGUUAGUCCCACCCUCCUCAGCCUGAGAUAAACAGGAAGUAAAUAAAAACAAAUGCUGCUUUUCUUUUAACAGUUUUUGACUUUCUGGCUGUUAACUAAACUAAAUCAUACUUUUACGAUUGACUUAAAUAAUCUCAGUUGCAAAAGCUGUUACACAUGAACCUGUCAAAUACUACUGCCUAAUUCAGAUGAUAUUGCAUGUGGUUUUACAGUAUGUGUUAUUUCCUCUGGUGAUAUAAAAUAGACAUUGCAUGGAAACUUGUGUUGUGCACCUUCGAACUCUGUGUUUUGUUCCUCUGCCAGAAAGGGGAGUGGUUGACAACUGCUGAAUACCUGGGAUAUUCGUCACCACUGAACAGGCUGAGACAGAGACAGAAAGACAGACGACAGGACUAAAACACAGGAGUGUAUGAACGAGGGAUUUCUGUACUGUUGCUGUAUCAUUCAGAGGAACUAGAAAAAGAACAAAAAAACAAGAAAAGAAGAAAGUUAAUGUAAAGGCUGCUGGGAUAUUCCAACCGUCUCCCUGUCCACAUGUGCCUCUGACCGAAGAAUAAACAAAUGGUUGGGUCUCCACUGUCAUCACUGGUUACUGGGUGGAGUACUGUUAUUAAAUCUGUGGAGCAUAAAAAAAGAAAGUGAAAGAGUAAAGGCAGGGCCAGAGAAAAAGAGAGAGAGAGACAGAGAGAGAGAGACAGAGAGAGAGAGAGAGAGAGAUAAAUAUAACACAAAACUGCAGAGAAAGACUGACUGGAAAGGAAGUAUUUAAAGCACAGAGACAAAGACACUGAAUCAAGGUUUGCCAUGUUUCAGAAGUAAUUGCUGCAACCAGAGAUGAAUGGAGCUGCACUUCUCCCAGUGAUUCAGGCAGGGGAUGGGAGGACUCUGUCCAGAGCAGAGUUUCUGUCACUGAUAAACACCUACAACUGUUUCCUGAAGGACCAGACUCAGCUGCACCUCAGUUACUCUCAGGACAACAAUGGAGAGGUGACAGUGGAAGGCUUCCUCAACAUCUCCUGGGGAGUCCAAAGGCCCAUCCGGCUGAAAAUACAAGAUGACAAACAGAUUCUGCCCUUCAUUCCUCUGGUCUCGUCCAACGCCAGCAGUCCAGUCAGCCCGCUCGGAAGCAAGAGAGGUAUGACACGAUGGGGAGAAUAUGCUGACCUUCACCAGAUUGAUGAAGAAGCAGUGGUGAAUGAUCCUUUACCAGUUCCCUAUGAAACGUCCACACUGCGUCCAAUAAAGCAGAGGAGCUUAGAGCUGGAGGCCGAGUCCAACCUGUUUCGCUGCAUGAGCGAUGCCUCAUUGGUGAAGAGGAGGAGGGGGAAGUCGACAUCACAAAAAGAGAAAGAAAGACAACAUCGUUUCUCUAUCAAUGGACAUUUCUAUAACUAUAAGACGGCCAUUUUCACUCCAUCAUAUGGUACUCCGACCAAAGUCCGGAUCACAAGCACAAUGACCACCAAUGAAGUCAUUGAGCAGUUACUCCAUAAGUUCAAAAUAGAGAAUGAUCCUCAGGAGUUUGCUCUGUACUGUGUCCACCAGAGUGGAGAAAAGAGAAAGCUGAGUAACACCGACCAGCCCUUAUGGGAGCGUAUACUGCAGGGACCCUCUGAUGAUAUUAUGAAGAUCUUUCUGAUGGACAGGGAGGAAGAGGAAGUGAGCAAUGAUGUAGCCCAGUACCUGAACUUGGAGCUUCCCAUUCUGGAACAGGUUCUACUGAAACUCAAAGAAGAGGAGAGCAGAGAGAUACAGAGAGUCAUUAGCAAGUACCACCACCAACACAGAGUCCUGUCCCAUAUCCUGAGCUGCAAAAUGUCACCUCAUAUUGAGACCAGCGUCUGAUGAUGCUCUGACAGACUUAAGGACAAUGAGCAGAACGUGUGGACGACUGAAGGUCAAGAAAAAAAAGGAAAUGUGAAGACAGCCAUAUCACAAUACAAUAUCUUUAUGACAAAAUACAUUGUCCUAAAUUUAAAUCCUUGAAAAGAAGCACUUGUUCAAAGAUUUGAGAUGUUCCUCUGAUGGAAUACAUGCAUCUUCUUGGACAUGAGGCUCUUCUCAUUUUCCUAUUUUGUGGCUCCUUGACUAAAGCAUAAAUCGAUUGAGUUAAACCAUCUUUAACUCUCAAAGACCUAGAUAGCCAUUGUGACCAAAAGCAUCUACUGAUAUAAAAUGUAUAAUAACAUCUGAACAACUAAUCCAGCAUUUGCUAAUACCCCCGUUUAUUCUGCAGCUCUCUCCUCUUGGUCCAAAUCAAAAAGACUAAAUAUCAGUGAUCUGAUGUUAUUUCAUGCAGUUAUGGAAAAAUGAAGCCGCUUGUUGAAGCUUCAAUGAAAUACGGCAUAAUCUGAUUAUGCAAAGAUUGCUAAUUACAGCUGUUAAUCAUGUACUUAACCCCUCCCAUCUGCCUGAAGAAAUCUAGGAUUGGCCUAAACUGGGGCAUCAUGGGGUAGAUUUUCUACAGCCUGAAACCACAGACAAGGAAUAAAUGCUGCUCAGACCACUUGAAUUACAAUAUACAAAAGGAUAAUUGGUGAAUUGUUGACCAAUGACACUAAAAAAGUAAAGUAUUUCAGCUUUAAGGAUUCUGCUUUUAGCUUCAAGUUGCUUUGCAGACCUGUGACAUGUAAAAGUUGCAUUACACACAUCUGGAUUGUACAAACUACAGCAGAAACAGGAAUGAAAUGUUGAAGUGCACAAUCAAAACUUCCCCACAUCGCCUACAGAUGUAUUUUCAAUGCUGUGAAAUAGAUUAAAACAGAUGGUGCUGCUGUUCCUCACAUCAUGUUUAUUUAGAAUGACAUCUUGGUUGGAAGGGAGGAGAUGAGUCAAGAAGGUACAAAUUGGAAAAUGAGAAGGGACGAUGGUGGUACAUUUUUCGGAGAAGUUGCAGAUGUAUAAUAACUCCAGCAGAUGGCGUCAUUUUGGCUCUCGAUAUGUAUCACAGGCCAACAUUAGACAUAAUGUACAAUUUUGAUGCCAUCUGCUGGAGUUAUUUACCAAUUUUGUCAGUUUUGUUCUUUUUGUCUGCUUAUGGAUUUUCUCAUAGGGGCUAAUGGAUCCUUUGUUAACUAAAAAAAAACUAGAUUAGAUAUUAUGUAAGAAAAAAAAAUGUAAAUAACUGUAAAUCACAACAUGAGAAAAUAUUAAAAACUCUAUGUAAAGCUC